CCUCAGACCAGGCUUUGAAAGUAGGGCGCAGCCUGAGUGGCCGGCCGGACCCCGUGGGCUUUUGUUAAAUACAAGUGAGGAAUACAGGCAACAUGUUCUACACACAUGUGCUUAUGAGUAAACGAGGGCCAUUGGCCAAAAUAUGGCUUGCAGCUCACUGGGAGAAGAAACUCACAAAGGCCCAUGUAUUUGAAUGUAAUCUAGAGAUAACCAUUGAAAAAAUUCUUUCACCCAAGGUGAAAAUAGCACUUCGAACUUCAGGACACCUUCUUUUGGGAGUUGUUCGAAUCUAUAACAGGAAGGCAAAAUAUCUUUUGGCAGAUUGCAGUGAAGCAUUUCUUAAAAUGAAGAUGACAUUUCGCCCAGGACUGGUUGACCUUCCAAAAGAGAAUUUUGAAGCAUCUUACAAUGCUAUCACAUUGCCAGAAGAAUUUCAUGAUUUUGACACCCAAAAUAUGAAUGCUAUUGAUGUUUCAGAACACUUUACUCAGAACCAAAGCAGACCAGAAGAAAUCACUCUUAGAGAAAAUUUUGACAACGAUCUACUUUUCCAAGCUGAGAGCUUUGGGGAGCAAUCUGAAAUUCUCAGAAGACAUAGCUUCUUUGAUGACAACAUAUUACUGAAUUCCAGUGGUCCUUUAAUUGAACAUAGUUCUGGAAGCCUCACUGGAGAAAGAUCUCUGUUCUAUGACAGUGGAGAUGGGUUUGGAGAUGAAGGAGCUGCAGGAGAAAUGAUUGACAAUCUAUUGCAAGAUGAUCAGAAUAUCCUGUUAGAAGACAUGCAUUUGAACAGAGAAAUUUCCCUGCCUCCUGAGCCUCCCAGUAGUUUAGCAGUUGAACCAGAUAACCCAGAGUGUAUAUGUGUACCUGAAAAUGAAAAAAUGAAUGAAACAACAUUAUUAUCAACUGAAGAGGAAGGAUUUACCCUUGAUCCAAUUGAAAUUUCAGACAUUGCUGAGAAAAGGAAAGGUAAAAAGAGGAGAUUGCUCAUAGAUCCUGUCAAGGAGCUCAGUAGCAAAGUUAUACAUAAACAGCUUACUUCCUUUGUGGACACCCUCAUGGUUUUGGAACUUGCACCUCCUACCCAAAGAUUGAUGAUGUGGAAGAAGAGGGGAGGAGUGGAUACACUUCUGUCAACUGCUGCCCAGGAUUUGAUUCAUGCUGAACUGAAAAUGUUGUUUACAAAAUGCUUUCUGUCCUCUGGCUUUAAACUUGGAAGAAAAAUGAUACAGAAGGAGUCAGUAAGGGAAGAAGUGGGAAACCAAAAUAUCAUAGAGACAUUCAUGAUGCAAGAGCCAAAUUCCCAGCAAGAGUUAAGUAAACCUCAAACUUGGAAGGAUGUGAUUGGUGGAUCUCAGCAUAGCUCUUAUGAGGAUACCAAUAAACAUAUUAACUCUGAGCAGGAUAUUGUUGAAAUGGUGUCUUUAGCUGCUGAGGAAUCAUCUUUAACGAAUGACUUAUUUGCACAAGAAAUUGAAUGUAGUCCAGUUGAAUUGGAGUCAUUGAGGAAUGAAGAAAAUAUUGAGACAGAGAGAUGGAAUCGAAGAAUACUUCAGUUGUUAAAUCACUUACGGGAAUCUAACAAGAUGGGAAUACAGUCCUUUAGUCUGAUGAAGCUCUGUAGAAAUAGCGACCGAAAACAAGCAGCUGCCAAAUUUUAUAGCUUUCUUGUCCUAAGAAAACAGCGGGCUAUCGAGCUGAGCCAGAGUGCUCCCUAUGCAGAUAUUAUAGCUACAAUGGGACCAAUGUUUUAUAACAUGUGAAGGAAACCCAGACAUAUAGAUUUAUGUCAUCACUGGAAUUUCUG